AUGUCGUCUGAUCGUGCUCCGAAGUACCGGCAGGAAAUCCAGCAGAUGAUGUUCGUCUCUGGAGAGACCGCUGAGCCAUCUAUCGAGACCACCACUCUUAUUGAGGAUAUUGUGCGACAGCAAGUUAUUGAAAUUCUCGCUCGCAGUACGAUAUUGGCUACUCGCCGUGGAGUUCGAUCUAUAUCCACUGAUGAUUUGAUCUUUUUAAUUCGCCAUGAUAAAGCCAAAGUCUCCCGCCUGAAGACUUUCCUAUCAUGGAAAGAUGUGCGCAAGAACGUGAAAGAUUCUGACGACAAGGGCGGCGGUGAUGCAGCUGAUUUUGCGGGUGCUGAUGACCCAAUGGCUGGGGGCGUCGUUGCGGGACCCCAGGACGUCGCGUCUAAGCCCAAAAACAAGAGGGCCCGGGUCGGACUUGCGUGGGAUGUUAACAGCUUCUACUCUAUUCAAGUACCUGAGAGGGAUGACGAAGAAGACGAAGAAGAAGAGGAGCAGAACUAUGCGACGCUUCAACGUCUUGCCGCCGCAGAUGAGCGAACCAAGCACAUGACAAGAGAAGAAUACGUGUUCUGGUCUGAAUGCCGACAGGCAUCGUUUACCUACCGCAAGAGCAAACGCUUCAGGGAGUGGGCUGGAUUUGGAAUUGUCACUGAAUCGAAGCCUAACGAUGAUAUCGUCGACAUUCUAGGGUUUUUGACGUUCGAAAUCGUGCAGACUCUGACGGAAGAGGCCCUCAAGGUCAAGGAACGUGAAGAUCGCGAGAAAACCCGUCGUGGGGGGUCGGAAAAUGGAGCGGAGGACACCAAGAAACGCAAGCGCGAGACUGGACUUUUCGACCCUCCGGAAGAAGGCCGCACCCCGGUCGAGCCGAGACAUAUUCGCGAGGCAUAUCGCAAACUACAAGCCACGCCUAAUAAGAACAUUGCGAUGCUCCUACACAACGGCCGCUUACCAGCGCGGACGCCUCUUAGACUGAUCUAA